AUGGCGGUGCCAGACCCCUACAUUACCAGUUACGCAAAUGCCUUGCGGCAGGAUAAUGUCAAAUAUGCACAUUACAGAACCCGCGGCCUCGGUUUCAAAACCGAAGAUUACCCCGGCUGGCAACACCAACCUGUCCCGCUGCUCCCUGACAUGUUCUGGUUGCCGCAAAUCGUCAAGCAGAAAUCGAACCGGUUUCCUCUCAUGCGGGCAAUGCUCCCCGUACAGGGCGGCGCGAGGUUAGACAGCUUCAAGACGUAUGGCGACGUCGCUACAAGCAACCUGUCCCCGGAUGUGAAGAAGGCUUGGGUCAGGCUUCAGACAAUCAAGGAAGCCUUCGAGACGGAAACGUUCAAAUACCAGAAGGCCCUCGGCUACGGCGGCAAUGGAAUCGCCGCCCAUUACAAGUACGAGGACCUCAACGCGCCGCAGAACAACCGGGAUCUCGUCAUGAAAGCUGCGAUAACAGGCUGGCGUAGUUCGACACUUCGUGACGAGGAGCGGGAGACUUUUAAACACAAACGAGCGUCACAUAUCGCGCAGGCCAUCGAGCCGGAGGCGGUAGGGAAAGCGCCCCGCAGGAGGCUCAGGAAGAUUCCGUGCCAUGACGACUCCAGCGACGAGGACAGCAACUCCAGUGGCGAUGAGGAUGUGCCGCCGCGGCCCCCGAAGACACCGCGUAUUGCGAUGUAUGCCGCGGAGUUGGCCCGCAGGGGCGCGAAUCGAUUCUUACCGCCGGACCAGCGCCGGGGUUACCAGCAGGUCCCCGCCGACCAGUUGGAUUACCUGUUGCUCGAGUAUGUGGAGAACGGCGACUUGAGAGAGGUGAUCGGCAAGGUCAAUCAGAGUGGUGGCCGGAUCCCAAAUAGGGUGCUAUGGAACUUCUGGCUCAGCCUCGUGAAAUCGGUUGUCGGAAUGGCGUUUCCUCCCAGGAAAUUCCACCCAGACCGGUUCAACCGACCCGAUGGGGACUUGGACGAAACAAUCCCCGACGUGACCGGGCAGUGGAGGAUCAAGAACAUGGACCCCAACGACUGGGUGCAUACUGACAUUCCGGGGCUGAAGCUCGGUGACUUUGGAAUUGCGGAAGAGAUCAAGCCGCAGAAGAGAGACAUAUACUACCAGGGCAGACGAUACAAGGCGAAGCCGUUCUACUUCGCGCCUGAACAAUUCUGUCAAGAAUGGGAGUUGCUCCCGCCAACCCCCGACGCGGAGAACCUCACCAAUUUCCCGGCGGCGGGCACCUACAGCGUGCAGACGAACGUCUGGGGAAUCGCAUUAUCCAUGUACUCGAUGAUCACGGGCGCCUACCCGCCCCUGCCCCCGGAGCCGGACUUCAUCCCGAACUGGGCGGACGGCUACCAAAUCUCGUACGGCAUCCGGCUGUUGGACGACGACUGGAACGCCUUUGACCCAGAGCUGCGCUUGAUGGUGGCCCGGUGCAUGUCGCACUUCCCCAUGGAGCGGCCUUCUCUGGAAGAGCUGCUCACGUUCGCGCAGUACGGGGCUGCUAAGUGGCAGCCGGGAGAGACUGAUGAUGUGAUUCGGAAGUGGGUUGCUGAUAUGUUCUAUGAUGGCCAAACUACUUGA